CACAAAAGAGUUUCAGUCGUUGUCGAGAGAAACUGUUGCUGAAGGAAAUGGACUGUUUAAAGUGCCUAUGCUGUUGCAAACCUUCUCCUAUUCCACAAGGUCCACGACUUCGCAUAGUAUUGAUUGGAAAAACUGGAGUAGGAAAAAGUGCUGUGGGAAACUCUAUCCUUUGUAGAAAGGUUUUUGAAUCAAGCCCUUCUGCAAACUCUGUCACUGAGCAUUGCAAAAAAGCAAUGGUCUAUGACCAAAGAGAGAUUUAUGUGAUUGACACACCAGGAAUCUUGGAUACCAGCAAAUCAAAAGACCUCAUCAAAAGAGAAAUACUGAGAUGUAUUCAGGUUUCAGCCCCAGGUCCUCACGUGUUCCUGCUGGUGAUACAGAUUGGUCGUUUCACUACGGAGGAGCAAAGAUCAGUCCAGGCCCUGCAAGAGCUCUUCGGAGAAGAAGCUUCAAAAUACAUGAUAGUGGUCUUCACUCAUGGAGAUGCACUCAAUGGCCAAAAAAUUGAAGACUACGUAAAAGAAGGCCAUGCAGAACUCCGUAGAGUAAUCCAAAGUUGUGGUAGUAGAUAUGUUGUUUUUGAUAACACUAACAUGAAGAAUCGAGUUCAAGUGGGGAGAUUAAUUGAGAAAGUUGAUGAAAUGGUGGCAGCAAAUGGGGGAGAAUGCUUCACUCAGGAAAUGUUUAAAGAAGCAGAAGAAAAGAUUCAGCAACAGAGAGUGGAGAGAGCGGUCGCAGAGCUUCUAGAAUAUCAGUUUAGCUUUCUUGGGAUUCUUGACAACAGAGUUGCCUUGUUCCAACAAGUACUGAUUGAAGGCAUUCAUGAAGAGUUUGCUCUUGAUAACGACGCUUACUAAAGAGACUUAAAUCAGACAUCUUAGGAAGAUGUGUAAUAUUAAAACUACUUUUGAACAUAAACACAACUCAUUUAUGUGAUGUUACACAGUGGUGGAAUAUGAUGUUAUUUUGAUUUGAAUGUGCAGCACAUAGCAGAAUGAAUAAUUAAACAUAGAAGCUUGUGAAUCUGAUGUGAAGGCACUGUUCUGUAGCACUUUUUGGUUUUUGAAUUGUUUUCAGAGACUUUAUUUGAACUAACCUGUUCAGUUGUGAUAUGUCUAGACUACUAAAUGUGAUGGUGUGACUGAUUACAUCUGACCUUUGAUUUAUGCAUAAAUACUAAGUUUUAAGACUUGGUUUAACUCGAUGCAACAGAUAUUAACAGUCAAUCCAAUUCAGGCAGAGAAUCUACUGGUAAGUGUAAUAUAGUGAUAUAGUGAUGGUAUAUGUAAGACAGUUAAUUGUAUGUCUGAUAUACUGUAAUUACAUACAUCAAAAUCAUUUUUUAGAUUUUAUAGAGAAUAAAUUGUCUUUAAUACUGUAGAUAUAAAUGUAUCACUGUCUUCAUUCGUUCUUCUUGAAGAUUGCAUUUCUUUAGAGUAAUCUAUGGAUAUUAACGAAUAACAGUAUUUUUUUUUUUUUUUUUGCCAUUGUAUUUUAAGAUACGUUA